AUGGAUCAUCAUAGAAGAAAAUCAAAGGAGAAGACAUUUAUCAAGGUUGACCAAUUAGCCUUAGCCAAAUCCGCUGCAUGGGCUUGGCUUCAACACGGAUCCGAAUCAAACACGCGGCUCAUCCACGAACACGAUGCUCGGAGGCCGAAAAUCGAGCCAAAACCGUCAAGGUACAAGCUAGAAGUCCUAAGAAAUGUACAAACAAUAGAGCACAACAAUUCGAAAUCGCCUAGUAUAAUAUCGUUAACUAGUAAUCGAAAGUCUAGUCAAAAUUCGCUUCUCGAUAACUAUGAGAUCGAGAGAAUAUCGAGACAUCUCGAGCAUUACAUCGAGUCGAGUCACGCAAAGCAAACCGAUCGAGUUUCCAAUAAAGUUGUCGGUCAAAAGAAGAAGAAGAAGAAGAGUACUAUUAAUCAUGCGAAAGGGUUCGGGUCGUGUGGCUCGUCAAGUGAUGACGUGGCGGCCCAAAGGCGGCGGCCGGAAAAAGCCCGUGUGGCGGUGGUGGAUGUUGCCAACUGUCGGCCGUGGCCGUGGGGAUUGUGGGCUUGA